UUACAGUGACUCAUGGGGCCAGAAGCCAGGACCAACAGGACAGCAGCUACUGAGUUCAUUCUUGUGGGAUUAGUAGAAAAAGAAAAUGUGCAAUCUGUGGUCUUUGUUCUCUUUCUCUUUGCCUAUGUGGUCACAAUUGGAGGCAACCUCAGCAUCCUGGCUGCCAUCUUGGUGGAGCCCAAACUCCACACCCCCAUGUACUUCUUUCUUGGGAAUCUAUCAGCACUGGAUGCUGGAUGUAUCACCGUGACUGUUCCUCCCAUGUUGGGUCGACUCCUGUCCCAUAAGCGUACAAUUUCCUAUGAUGCCUGUAUCUCACAGCUCUUUUUCUUCCACCUACUGGGUGGAGCAGACUGCUUCCUGUUGACAGCCAUGGCCUAUGACCGAUUCCUGGCCAUCUGCCGGCCCCUCACCUACAGCACCUGCAUGAGCCAGGCAGUCCAGAGGAUAUUGGUGACCAUGUGCUGGACUUGUGCCCUCGCCAAUGCACUAACGCACACUAUUGCCCUAAGCACCCUCAACUUCUGUGGUCCCAAUGAGGUCAAUCACUUCUACUGUGACCUCCCCCAGCUCUUCCAGCUCUCCUGCUCCAGCACCCAACUCAAUGAGCUGCUGCUCUUUGGAAUGGCUUUCAUAAUGACAAGCACCCCUAUGGUUCUUAUAAUCACUUCCUACAUCCAUGUAGCAGCUGCAGUUCUACAAAUGCGCUCAGUGGAGGGCAGGAAAAAGGCUUUCUCCACAUGUAGCUCCCACCUCACUGUGGUUUUCCUAUUCUAUGGAUCAGGAAUCUUCAACUACAUGUGUCUGGGCUCAGAGGAGGCUUCAGAUAAGGAUAAAGGUGUUGGGAUUUUCAUCAGUGUUAUCAAUCCCAUGCUGAACCCACUCAUCUACAGCCUCAGAAACCCUGAUGUACAGGGCACCCUGUGGCGGGUACUUGUGGGGAGACAAUCAUUGUGCUGA